GGAGGCCGGCGGAAGGUUGAUCCGGACUUUUCUGGAGAGUCUUGGGAAGGCGCGACCGAGCGCGUCCAACAUUGCUCAACCGGACGCCGCAGGUCUGCCUCACCUCACCAGCUCCCCGCCUGCACACUCACGUUGCCUAGGCGACCGUAGCCAUGCUUCUCGAAGACCAGCGCAACAUCCACGAGGAGCUCGAGCGCCUCGAGGAUGCCAUCGCGGACCGCCUGCUUGAGGACCCGCCGCAUAUCCGCGAUCGCCUCGCGCGCGACCACGAUGUCGCCCAGUUCCUUCGCCAGAUUGAGGAACGUUCCGGGCGCCUCAUGUCCAUCUACCAAGACGCCGACGGCAAGCUGGACGACGAGGUCCGCAACCUGACUCUUGGUGACCCCAUGGAGUCGUUCGCACGCGAGGUUUCCAACAUCAAGGCAUACCACAGCAAGUACACCAACAUGCCUGUCGAAAACCUCGAAAAAGCCUACAAGCGCCGGUCGCCUGAGGACCACGCCCAUUCCAUCGCCACCAUCGACUCCAUGUUCACGGGCGAGGAAGGUUUCGGUCGCUUCUUCGACCUGACCACGCUGCAUGAACAGUACCUAAACCUUCCUGUUCAGCAGCAAGCGCGCCGCCUGACCUACCUGCAGUAUCUCGAUGUCUUUGACGUCUUCACUCCGCCUCAAGCUACCAUUCGUCGCGACCAGAAGAUGUCUGAGUCGUAUUUCCAGUACUUGAAGGCAUUACAAGAGUAUCUGGAGAGCUUCAUGCGCCGCACAAAGCCGCUUGAGAAUUUGGACAAACUGUUCGCCAACUUCGACAAGGAGUUCGAAGAGAAAUGGGCCGACGACCAGAUUCCAGGCUGGGAGAAGAACCCAACACAGGCCAGCCAGGCAGCCGGAGACGCCAUGGAAGAAGGCAUCUAUUGUUCGGCAUGCAAGAAGGGCUUCGCGAAAGAGUCGGUGUACGAGGCGCAUUUGACCGGCAAGAAACACAAAAAGGCGGCGGCAGAGCUAGAAUCGAGCACGACCGUUGCCACCACCAACGGCCCGGGUGGAGACAUGAAUCGAUUCAAGGAGCGCGCCGUGGCAGAGCGGGAGUUCCGCAUUCGCAGACUUGCUGCUGCGAUGCAGACAGAGCGCGGCGAUACCAAGGUUAACGUCGAGCGAAAGCAAGGCAUGACGGAACGCGAACGGCAGCAAGAGCUGGAACAGCUGUACUCAGAGGCCCCAGAGACGGCGAAUGGUGGCAACGACGAGGAUGACGAUGAAGAUGGCGAGGACAAGAUCUACAAUCCGCUCAAACUCCCGCUCGCCUGGGAUGGCAAGCCUAUUCCAUUCUGGUUGUAUAAACUCCACGGUCUCGGGGUCGAAUUCCCUUGCGAAAUUUGUGGCAACUACGUAUGGAUGGGUAGGCGGGCUUUUGACAAGCACUUCAAUGAACCGCGUCACAUCCACGGUCUGAGGUGUCUCGGCAUCACGAACACGACUCUCUUCCGCGAAAUCACAAGUAUCGACGAGGCGCAGACCCUGUGGAGGAAGAUUCAGCAAGACAAGAAGAAAGAGAAGGCGACUGUGGACAAUGUGGUGCAAAUGGAAGACUCCGAGGGCAACGUCAUGCCUGAGAAGGUGUACAAGGAUCUCGCGGCUCAGGGACUGGUGUGAAGGAUUCACUUGAUAUUCGAAAGAAUCGCCUGCGGAUGACUCGCAUACACAAAAGCCCUGCAGAAGUCCGGGCCAUCAUUGCAGACGGUGAAAUGCCGCCUGUUCCAUACACAAGGCGUGAACUACGGAGUUAUGGCGCA